UGCGGACGGUAGAGUGCCGGAAGAAAAUGUGAGAAGGGUCGGAAAGAGAAAGGAGGGGCAUUGUGUUUCGUGCUGAAAUGACGACGUUAGUGUUGGAUAACGGAGCCUACAACGCCAAAAUCGGUUACAGCCAUGAGAAUGUCUCGGUUAUUCCUAACUGUCAGUUCAGGUCAAAAACAGCACGUCUUAAAACUUUUACUGCUAACCAGAUAGAAGAAAUAAAGGACCCUUCUGGACUCUUCUACAUCCUUCCUUUUCAGAAGGGCUACUUGGUGAAUUGGGAUGUUCAAAGACAAGUUUGGGAUUACCUUUUUGGAAAAGAAAUGUAUCAGGUUGAUUUUUUAGAUACUAAUAUUAUUAUCACAGAACCAUAUUUUAACUUUACUUCUAUUCAAGAAUCAAUGAAUGAGAUCCUAUUUGAAGAAUACCAGUUCCAAGCAGUAUUAAGAGUAAAUGCUGGGGCUCUCAGUGCACAUAGGUAUUUCCGAGAUAACCCUUCCGAAUUAUGCUGUAUCAUUGUUGAUAGUGGGUACUCCUUUACACAUAUAGUUCCUUAUUGUAGAAGUAAAAAGAAAAAAGAAGCAAUUAUUCGGAUAAAUGUGGGAGGGAAACUCCUAACCAAUCAUCUAAAGGAGAUCAUAUCUUAUAGGCAGUUACAUGUUAUGGAUGAAACACACGUGAUUAAUCAAGUGAAAGAAGAUGUAUGCUAUGUGUCUCAGGAUUUUUAUAGAGAUAUGGAUAUUGCCAAGUUGAAAGGAGAAGAAAAUACAGUAAUGAUAGACUAUGUUUUGCCUGACUUUAGUACAAUUAAAAAGGGCUUUUGUAAGCCAAGGGAAGAGAUGGUGCUAAGUGGAAAAUAUAAAUCUGGGGAACAAAUUCUUCGUCUGGCCAAUGAAAGAUUUGCUGUACCAGAAAUACUCUUUAAUCCUUCUGAUAUAGGAAUUCAAGAAAUGGGAAUUCCAGAAGCUAUUGUCUACUCAAUUCAGAACUUACCUGAAGAAAUGCAGCCGCAUUUUUUUAGAAACAUUGUUUUGACAGGAGGAAAUUCCCUUUUCCCAGGAUUUAGGGAUCGGGUUUACUCAGAAGUUCGAUGUCUCACUCCAACCGAUUAUGAUGUUUCUGUUGUGCUGCCUGAAAACCCUAUUACUUAUGCCUGGGAAGGAGGAAAAUUGAUAUCAGAGAAUGAUGAUUUUGAAGAUAUGGUGGUAACAAGAGAAGAUUAUGAAGAAAAUGGACAUAGCGUCUGUGAAGAGAAAUUUGAUAUUUAAGUAACAUUUCAGAAAGUUUUGACUGGUUCUGACAAAGGUUUAAUUUAAACGUUCUUUUUAAAGGUUAAAGAUCUGUACUACCUUUUAUCUUAAGAGAAAGACUUGAACUUAUGUAAAUACUUUGAUGUAGGGGUAAUUUUCAAAGGUUUCUCAGCUUGGUUACUAAGUGAACUGUAACUCAGCCCAUAUUUUCAUUUAGGAGCUACAUUACCAUAAACAAUGCUUAUGCUGUUUCUGAGAGUAUGCUAUCUUUCAUUAGAAGAUGAAAGAGUGAAUGCAUUUUAGAUUUAAUUCUUUAUAGUUGAAAGCAGAGACUUAACUGUCUCGCUGGUAGUUUCCUCAGGAGGUAGUUUUGUGUGACUGUGUCUAGGAAUUGGCCAAAGUGUUUUCAGUCUGGUAUGAUUUCUCUUUUAGAACAAGUAUUUUACUUUAAAUUUGUCAUUCUUAUUUGUAUAUACUAAAGUUGUAAAGACCAUUCUUCUGUGUGUUUAAUGUUUAUUUUUUACUUUGAGUAAGUUUGAAAAUGUGGAGACUAAAGCCAAUUUACUAAAGUGUUGUUGGUCACUACUGUGUUGGCAGAAGUGUAUUCACUCAAAAAUACUGCACCAUUUUGGGGGAUUAAAGUAAAUUUGAAGUUAACUUAGGGUUGUUCACCUUGAUACAAAUAUUAGUGCUUAGUUUUAAAAUCUCAUAUAAUCCACAGUAAGCAUAUUAAGAUGUUAAAGGCCAUAGCUUUCCAAUUGAAGGGAACAGCUUACAGUGACAUUAAUGAAUGGGUCAGGUAAGCUUCUUUGAUGGCAAACAGCAGGAACUCACUAGAGUGAUCCUAUGUGAAACAACAUUUAUCAGCAGGACAGAGGACAGCUCAGAAAAUCUAGGAAAAAGAUUUUGGCUGGACCAACAGCCCUGAGAAUAAAAACCAGAUAACCUUAGGCAUCUAGGUUAUAGAAACUAAGAGACAAUCCUUACAGAGCCUGGCCAUCAAAAUAUCUCAGCUUCUGUAUUUUCUGUCUUUGGCCUGUGCUCAUCAAUCAGAUUCCUACCAGUCUCUUCUCCCAACUUGGGAUCAUGCGCCUACCCCAUGGCUUUAGGGACUUUGACAGUCCCACUAAGACAGCCUAGAGCAGUGGUUGGCAAACUCAUUAGUCAACAGAGCCAAAUAUCAACAGUACAGCGAUUGAAAUUUCUUUUGAGAGCCAAAUUUUUUAAACUUAAACUAUAUAGGUAGGUACAUUGUUAUUAACUUAAUUAGGGUAUUCCUAAGGCUUAGGAAGAGCCACACUCAAGGGGCCAAAGAGCCGCAUGUGGCUCGCGAGCUGCAGUUUGCCGACCACAGGCCUAGAGUAAACGAAGGAAGUCUCCCAUAGGAAAAUUAAGGUGAAGAGACCGAAGCUGGGCAGGGUGAAAGAGCUGUGUACUAACUACAAUUAUAUAUUGGAUCGUAUUGGGGUAAGGCCAGGUGAGUCCUUCCUAGACCUAGGCUGGUUAUCAUUAUAGAGUUUGAAGAUACCCAGUUACUAACAUACAAUUUGUGGACAUUGUAGGAAAAAGAUGCUGGUGGCAUAAAACAAGUUUUUGCAACCAUACAGUUGCACAGUGCUAGAAUUUCAAGGUAAUGUGGUUGGAGGUAAAAAGAUAAGCCCCAUUUAAAGGGCUUUUCUUGACUUGUCAGGAUCUCAUCUUGGUCAGGUAGAAUGCUAUCCUUACCAGCCAGGUGUUUUUGCUGUGAAGAACUGGGCAUUCCUCAAGGCUGCAUUCCUAAAACAUGCCCUCACCUGAACUCUUCUGUUAUAUUCUACCGAGGAUGAUGCGUAUGCGUUCAUAUCCUUACUACAGUAGACUGGAAUUUCUGUAUACAGUGUACCAGUAGGUCUCAUAGUGCUUUUUUGAGACCAUAAAAAUUCAUUUCUUAAAUUAAUGAACAUGGAGCCUAAUCCUUUAUCUGUAGCAUCAAAGCUCCCAAGCAUUUCAACACCUGCCUGAUUUUGAAAACUUUAUUGCUAGAGGUAAUGUUUUAAUAUUAUACAGUAAGUUGACUUCAAAGAGAACAUUUAACUUCAGCUCUGAAUAAUAAACAUUGUCUGAAAUGAUGCAUUAAAGAUCUCUAUUAUUAUAGAAAAAUGUGGAUGAUCUUUUUUUUGAACACUUACCAAGAGAAGGAGAAAAAUGAGUGAUGAUCUUAAGUUUGAGAUUUACUAGAAGUAGAAAGAGAACUUAGCCACAUUAGAGUUUAAAAUUUUUAUUAUAAUUUGCAUGCAGGGAAGUAACAUGUUGGCCAUGCAUGAUAUACACCUUAAAAUGGUAGAGGAUUGGGAUUUACAGCAAUGAGUAAUCAAGAUAGAACUGCCCUCUCAAACACUUUUCUAUCUUGGUUUUGAAAUUUUUAAUUCAGUGGUGAUUGGUUUUCAUGUAGUAAACUGAUCAUGUCCAUCUACUACUCUGCCUGUCCCAAAUCCCUUUAAGCUCGGAGGAGGGAGGCAAAUGAGAUCAGGGAGGCAUACACAGAACACUCAGAUGCUACUUGUGAUAUAUUCUUUCUCAACCUGGGUGGUAGGCACAUAGGUGUUUAUUGUAUUAGAAUCUAUAUUAUGUGCAUGAAACAGUUCAUAUAUUUUAUUAGAAGAGUAAAUCCUGAAGUAUUCCACCCUGAAGGGUGCCAUUAAUGAACAAAUGUGGAGGAACUUUUUAAAAGAUGGAAAACUAAUUGGAUUAAGUUGUUAGAGAAACAAGGACAAGAAAACCCAUAUCCCAGAUUAGGACAGGAGAAAACUAAAGACGUAAGAAUAAUUCGAGAGAUAAUUUAGGACAAAUCCAGUGAGUAUAGGAGAUCAUGGGGAAGCCAUGUAAAGAAUGAGUUGGAAACAGCUAAGCCCUACUCCCUUUCUUGGAGUUGAGGCUCAGCAGAAAGAGUAGAAGUGUAAGAGUUGGAGAGAGAAAGAAUAGAACCUGAAAUAAUGUCAUAUCCACUAAGAGUAUCAGAAUUUCAAAAAAAGGGGGCAGCUGAUUGUGGCACUGAUCUUUAGCUAAAGACAAGAGCUUAGACCUCAUUAGAAAGAAUUCUGACUGGGCAGGGCCCUAAAUUUAGUACACUUUCCUCCUGCUGGGGAAAGACACCCUAAUUAGAACUUAAUUCACUGUCAGGGGAACAGGGAAUCAUAAAUGAAAAAAACAGACACUCAAGCAUUAAACAUUUGAGGGGUGCUUAACACCACCAAAUCCAGCAAACAAGAAUGAACCCUAGGGAUUAAAAUAAGCAAAAGAAACUUUUAAAGUAAUAUUCUCUGAGAGACUGGUGAGGGAAUUGCAUCUAUUACAACAACAACAGGUUGUUAUAACAAAGAUCUUAUAAAUUAAAAGUAGAGAUUAAAAAAAUUUUUUUAUUGUUUAAAGUUUUACAUAUGUCUCCUUUUUCCCCAAUUGACCACCUCCCCCACCACCACCACCACUCCCACCCUCUUAAGUAGAGAUUUCUUAUGGUUAAUUGAUGGUUAAAUAGCAGAAUGGAUACUACUAAAGACUGAAAAACAGAAAGAAGCUGAGGGAAUUUUCCCAGAAUGUAGCUUAAUUGGGCAAGGUCUGGGAUGGUUGUGGGAAGAGGCUAAGUAACAGCCACACUGUAGGCUGUGCUGUCCACUGAGAACAGGGGUGAGGAACCUUUUUUCUGCCAAGGGUAUUUGUAUAUUUAUAACAUCAUUCAAGGGCCAUACAAAAUUCUCAACUUAAAAAUUAGCCAGCUAUACUUGGUCAGAUAUUUAAUUAAGCCACCUCUAAUGCCUUGGCAGGGCCAGACCAAAUGAUUUAGAGGGCCUACACAGCCCGCAGGCUGAACAUUCCCCACCCCUGACCUUCCCAGAAGAAGGAGACUUUGGAUGAGCUUUCAUAAAGGACACAGAAUUCCUUGCAUUUACGGCCUAUUCUGUGAUGUCCAUUCACAUACUAUCCUGAAGCUUCUAGUUCCCAUGUUUUUUGUCUGUUUUCAAGUCUCUAAUCCUCCAAUCAACCAAUUAGCCAGUAUUUUUAUGCAAACUGGACAACUGGAAAUGCUGCUCUCAGUUCUGUUCCCUGGGGUCAUUUCCCUUGCCCCCUGCAGGUUAGGCAUGCACAGCAGCAUGCCAUUGUCCAGUGGAAGUGGCACAUACAAGUUUGGACUCAGGUUGGACAAGUCAAUUGCAUGAGCUCACCCAUAGAGAAGUUGGUGCACUGUUUACCUUUCCUUCAACUCACAUCUGUGACCUCAUGGAGGUUCCCUAGUACCAAAGAGAAAUAAUUCAAACCGGGCUUUUAGGUAGUUCUGCAUGAUAUGGUUGGCACUGGCCAGAAGUGGAGUGCUGGCAUUAAUCAAAUAUUGAAUUAUACUCCUGUGAGGGAAUCAUUUGGGCAACCAAGAGUUGCCUAAUAGUGUCAUUGAUAUCAGAGUUAAGGGACAGAGUUGCAGCUACAACACCUGGUUUUUAUGUUCAAAAAUCUUUCUAGCACGCAAGCAGUUGCAUAGUAAAAGCACCCCAAAAUCCACUUGUGGAGAGUACAGGGAGGAAAGAUUUCCAGAA